CUUUGUUGCCAAAUCCAAUUUCACAUAUCAAGUUCAUUCGCGUAGUUCGUCACACGAAGCAGGAUUAUCACACAACAGGAAAGCAAUUCACAUCCGACAUAACAGCAAUUAUAAUUUAGAGUUUGAUCACGCUAACGACUACAUAUCAAAUAACAACCUCGAAUAGGACUUCUUUACAAUAACUCGCUUUAAGAUGGACGACCACAAGUACUUAGAAUGUCUUCACGAAAUGUUUAUCAAACAAGCGCGGAAGACUCCGGACUCAACGGCCAUCGUGUCGGACGACGGAAGAAGUUUGACUUUCAAAGAACUUGACAAGAUAACGGAUAUCUUAGCUCUCAAUUUUCGCCAUCGUGGUUGUGGAAAAGACCAAGUUGUUGGGAUAUACCUUGAAAAGUGUUUAGAGUAUCCUGUUGCUUAUAUCGCGGCUUUGAAGGCUGGCGGCGCAUACUUGCCUUUAGAACUCUCUUAUCCCGAACCACUUCUCGAUUCUAUACUUCAAGAUGCUAAACCAGUUACAGUUGUAACAACAGAAGAUCUCAGAAGUCGAGUGCCAUCUUCAUCUCAUGUGACUGUGUUAAACAAAGGCUGGCAGCAGAGAUUGGAAAAAGAGAAUGAGAGUUUUGGCGAAUUGCCGCCAUCGUCGUCAUCUUCCCUCGACGACUUGGCCUACAUUGUGUAUUCGUCUGGUACGACAGGACAGCCGAAAGGAAUUGCAUGUCCUCACAGAGGAGCAGUAUUAUCGUACACAUGGAGACUACAGAAUUACCCAUUUGAAGCGGAUGACAGAGUUGCAUGUAAUGUGUUCUUUGUAUGGGAGAUGUUACGAUCUUUAUUGGCAGGAGUUCCACUUUAUGUGAUUCCUGAAAAUGUUAUAUAUGAUCCUCCAUUGCUUAUGAAAUUCAUACAACAGRACAAAAUCACUAGGAUACUAUUUACGCCUUCUCUUUUUGAGGCAAUUCUCGACUAUGAGGAACUAGAUCCUAAGACAUAUCUAUCAUGUCUCAAGCAUGUAUGGUUAUGUGGUGAAGUCGUGACAACAGCGUUGCGUGACAGAGCUAUGAAGAGUCUUCCAUGGAUUCGCCUUCUAAACUUGUACAGUAUAUCAGAGUGUCAUGAUGUUGCUGUGUCAGAUCUCACUAACAUGGCUUUUCAAGAUGAUUUGCCUGAUAAGGACGUAAACAAGCGUAAGUUUUGCCAUGUUGGUAAAUUAUUACCCAAUGUCCACACUGUCAUCAUGGGGGACGAGAUGAAACCUUUACCUGUUGGUGUACCAGGAGAGAUCUUUGUAGGCGGACCAACUCUAGCGCGGGGAUAUUUAAACAGACCUCAGCUCAACAAGCAGCGGUUUAUAGAGCGGCCGGUCGAUGUAGCCGAGUCGGUUGGUCCGCGCUUGUACAGGACGGGGGACUGGGGUUAUCUAUUGUCCAAUGGCUCGUUAGAGAUCUGUGGUCGUUGUGAUUCAAUGGUCAAGAUUAGAGGAUAUAGUAUUGAAGUACAGGCAGUAGAAGCAGCUCUUCUUCAACUACCCAUAGUCAAUGCUUGUUCAGUGCUUGUUCUUGGUGAUGAAGGGAAUGAUAAAUACAUGGUAGCCUAUGUUGUGCCAGAAGGCAAGGUAACGAAGAAAGAAAUCCGUGCAAACUUAAAAACACGUCUACCCUUCUACAUGAUACCAUCACACUUUGUCUUGUUGCAAAGCAUCCCUAUGGCUACGUCUGGUAAACUAGACAAGAAGAAAUUACCCCCCCUCGACUACGACGAUGCUGAUGAAGAAGGAACUCCAAGCACCAAUACAGAGAAGAAUCUCGCUAAACUGUGGUGUAAAAUUCUAUCCAUAAGAACUGUUGAUGUCCAGGAGAGCUUCUUUGACUUAGGAGGACAUUCAUUGCUUGCCGCUCGUCUCCUGGCAAAAGUCCGUGAAGAAUUUUCUGUGGAAUUAACUGUAAAAGAACUGUUUCUGUAUCCAACAAUUGCAGACUUUGCUAGAAUUAUUGACAUGAAAUGUGGAAAGACAUCAUUACAAAGUUACAGGAGCCCCUCAAUGGAGACAUCAAUUGAUUUACACGAGGAAGUUGAACACCAUGACCAAGGUUUUGUCAAUAUGGAUAUAAUUCUACGAGCAUUCUGGAGAUCUGGCAACGUUCGAAAUACAAGACGAUGGAACCGCGGACGUGUUCUGCUCACAGGAGCAACUGGUUUUCUUGGUGUUUACUUGCUAAGAGAUCUUCUCAAGUUAACAAAGGUUCAUGUAUUCUGCGCCGUACGUGAAGUUCCAGACAAGAAAUGCAAAGAACGAAUAAGAGAAGCAUUACAGAAAUAUAAAAUUCUACCAAAYAAGGUCAAUGGACAUGAGCUGACCGAAGAUGAACGGUACCUGGAGUAUGGCUUUGAACACAGGGUAACCGCCAUCAAAGGUGACGUUUCUUUAUUAAACCUGGGUAUGACGCAAGAGGACUAUGUUUUCCUUUCAUCAGAGAUUGAUUUCAUUAUUCACGCAGCAGCCUCUGUAAACAUGGUUUAUCCAUACACGGCUCUCCGCGGUCAUAAUGUUGUCGGCACUGAYAACAUAAUCGUAUUUGCAAGCACAAGCAAGAUAAAACCCCUACACUUUAUCAGUACUGACGCUGUUUUUCCUCAUGGUCUUAAAAACUGUGCCGAGGACGCCGACAUGACUCCAAACUGCCAUCUUCUUGAGGACGGGUACUCGCAGUCGAAAUGGGUAGCUGAACAGCUUGUCCUGAGAGCCAAACAACGUGGUCUUCCCAUGGUUAUCUACCGGCUUGGCAACCUGUCUGGAGAUAGAAAAAACGGAUACUGGAAUCCAAUGGACUUCACUCUUCUAAUGAUACGAGYAUGUAUUGAGACUCUUUGCGCUCCUAAAAUCGACUGGGACUUGGAAAUGACUCCCGUGGACUUUGUAAGCGAAACAAUCGUGAAGAUGACACAGGAAGUUUCGGAAACAAUUGGAAACAUCUUUCACAUUGUCAACCCAAGGCCACUUGAAGCACAAUGGCUUUAUGAAUGGAUGACAGCCCAUGGAUAUCCACUCAAGGUUGUUUCUUUCGAAGAAUGGAAGAAAAGAAUUGAAGAUUUAAACAAGACGAGCUCAUCUGAAGAGCACAGUCUACUGGUCAGACUUCUUGAGAACUGGAUCAAGGACGCAUCGUUUUUCUCCAAACUAAGCACCUACUCACAAGUCAACUUUGAUAAAAUGAUGAAACACUUCCAAAUCAACUACCCACAGAUCAAUAGCACUAUUCUCACUAACUACUUCACUUCGCUGGUCAACCAGGGCGUGUUCCAGCCGCCUAAGAGAAUAAUUAGAGGCCCAGUCCCUCUCGAAGGUCAAGUUGCUAUAGUAACAGGAUCAUCCAGUGGAAUUGGGGCUGCUYUUGCAAAGGGGUUGGCUGCUGCGGGAGCAAAAGUAGCACUUGCUGCAAGAAGAGAAGAAAGAUUGAAUCAACUUCGCAAUGAAAUUUUAUCAAGUGGAAAUGUUGCUAUUGCUGUCAAAACAGARGUCACAAAAAGAGAUGAGAUGCAGAAUCUUGUUAAGUGUACUCAGACUACUUUUGGUCAAGUCGAUAUCAUUGUGAACUGUGCUGGUGUCAUGUAUUACCAGUUGAUGAAGAACUGRGCAAUGGAUGACUGGGAAAAACAAGUAGAUAUAAACUGCAAGGGGGUUUUGAAUGGUAUUGGUAUGGUAUUACCUGGAAUGCUGCAAAGAGGAAAAGGACAUAUUGUGAAUAUCUCAUCAAAUGCUGGACGAAAGGGUUUUCCAGGCCUUUCUGUUUAUUCCGGUACAAAGUUUUUCAUUGAAGGUCUGUCCCAGGGUCUUCGACAGGAGAUUGCAGGAASUGGUGUGAAAGUUACGACUAUACAACCAGGUGAUGURACAACAGAGAUUGGGUAUCGUUCACAUGACACUGAGGCUGUAGAGCAGUACGACAUGUCCACCAAAACGAAGAUUCUUGAACCAACGGAUAUCGCCAAUGCUGUUGUAUUUGCAGUAACUCAACCACCAUACUGUGCAGUGAAUGAAAUUAUGGUCGAACCUCGAGAUGCWCCUUGUUAAACUAUCAAUAACUUCACGAACAAAGAUACUGUAUUAAGUCCAUAGCCAGACAGGGCAUCAAGGGACUUUGGUUAGAUCAAAGUAGAGUAGUAUCAGCUCCUCCUGCUAUCAAUGGUUGACGACAUUGUAUAAUUAUAUGAUGAAAUAACGAAUAAAAAUUUGAUUGGGAAUUGG